AUGCCCGGUACCCUGCUCCAACGGAAAGGCCGAGAACUCGAUGCUACCUCGGAUGCCAUCGACGAGGUGAACGUUCUCAAAGGCAAACUCUGGAAUGAAACACCCGAGUUUGGCCAGGAAAAAGACAAAGCUCAGUUCCGCGAUUAUGACUCUGCAUGCGAUCGGGUCAAAAACUUUUACAAGGAACAACACGAAAAACAAACCGUUGCAUUCAAUAUUCAAGCUCGCGUGGACUUCAAGAGCCGCGUUCGUGCCCGAAUGGGUGUGUGGGAAGCGAUGGAAAUGCUGAACACUCUUAUUGACGAGUCGGACCCUGAUACCAGCUUGUCGCAGAUAGAGCACCUACUACAAACUGCUGAAGCUAUUCGAAUGGACGGGAAGCCCGAGUGGAUGCAGGUUACCGGGCUCGUUCACGAUCUCGGGAAGCUUCUGACCUUGUUUGGCUCCGAAGGCCAAUGGGAUGUCGUCGGGGAUACAUUCGUUGUCGGAUGCAGAUUCUCUGAUAAAAUCAUCUACCCUCAUACGUUCGCCAACAACCCGGAUGUGUAUGACAGUGUCUACAGCACCGAGUAUGGCAUCUACGAGCCUCACUGUGGUCUUGACAACGUCAUGUUGUCUUGGGGUCAUGAUGAGUACCUGUACAACGUUCUGAAAGAUCAAAGCAGUCUCCCCAAGGAAGCACUUGCUAUGAUUCGGUACCACAGUUUCUACCCAUGGCAUCGCGAGGGGGCGUACAGUCACCUCAUGAACGAACAAGACAAGGCGAAUCUUGCUGCUGUUCAAGCGUUUAACCCGUACGACUUGUAUAGCAAAUGCGACGAACCUUGCGAUCCCGCGAAGCUGAGGCCCUAUUAUGAGCGUCUUAUUGCGAAGUUCUUCCCUCCAGUGCUCGAUUGGUGA